UGGCAUUCAAGAUUUUCUUCGUUGCUGCAAUGACUCUCGGUGUCGCCCUCGGUGGCAGGUUGACGAAAUCAACCAUCACUGUGGUGGUUCCCGAACAACAAGCCGAGGGCACGCGUUUGGAAGAAAUACACGGAGGCGGCUACGAAAGCUCUUAUGGAAGCCAUAACGGACGCAACGGGGCGGAAUUGACAAGUUUGGCUCACACCUCAGCCGUCCAAGCGAAGAACGCCGUCCGCAGCCAACAUACCGCAGGCAGUCAAGCCGCUUUCGGGAUAAAGAGUACCCUAGCCAGCGCCGCCACUGGGGCCGCUCAGACCGCUCAAGCUGCGCUGGUUGGUAAACAGGCCAUCGUAAGUACCGUCAGGCGACAGCUGGAAGACGCUGAACAACAGCUCCAGGAGGAAUUGGCUCAGUACCAUCAGGCUCAAGAGGCUGCGCAACUGGCUGAACAGGCUGCUCAUCAAGCCCAGGCCCAGAUCGCCACACUUAGCGCUCUCGUCGCUUCAGCGCAGAGUGGUGCUCAAUUGACGUCGAAAGCGGCAACAGAGGCAGCCAGUGUCGCCGCCAAUCAGCAAGCUGCGGUUACCCAGGCCAAGCAGCGGCUCGCCGCAUUGACCAACGAGUUGCAAAAUGCAAUUCUCGAACUCCAGGAAACCGAACAGGCCGCCUACAAAGCCGCCCAAGCAGCCCAGGUGGCUCAGUCCAAUGCGGCUGCCGCCGGGGCGGCCGUCGUCGCCGCGAGUGCCGCCAACGCCGCAAAAUCGCAACAAGAUAGCUAUCGUCGCCAUUAACUGUGUUCGUUCUAACUUUGUACUAAUUUUUAAAGUAAUAUAACAUGCGCUUCAUGAA